CGCUUGAGCCGCCAGGGAUAUAGUGUGAGUCCCUUGAUAUUUUCCUGUGAACUUGCCAUCAUGCCACACACCGAACGAUACAGCAUUGUCAACCGGUAUAGCCCCCGUGAGCGCCAUAUGCCCUCCGCACAAUCCAAGCAACUAUAGAUACCAGUCCUGUCAUUCAUAUCUCCUUUAACGCUCCCGGCUCUCUGUUCCCCGUCAUCCUCCCUAUGCUUGGGCAGAUAGGCCCCUUCGCUAGCCUGUCUGCCGACGAGGACGACGCCCUCGACUUCUCCUUGCAAGGCUACGGCUUCUCUCGCAUCAUGAACACCUUGUGCCGAUCUUCAUCCGAGACCCCCGGCCCCCCCGUCUGCGUCGCAGCAUCUUACCUCGACAGCCUAGUUUUGUCCUGACUCCCAACUUGUACAGCUACAACUACCGCUCCGCCGUGCACUUCGGUCACGUCUCCAUAGCUGAGGAGCCGUACGAGCGACUGUGCGCCAUGCGGCUCAUCACCGAAGACGUCAUAACCGAUCGAUGGGGAAACACCCGCGUACCGCCCAACCGGGCCGAGAUGACAUCGACGAGCGUACUAAAGGUGAGGGUUUCCGGAAAGCCCCCAGAACCCCGAGGAUCCGCCGGGGGGGGGGGGGGUCCAAGAAA